GUCAAGGACAUUCAUUUCUUUCGUAAUUUAAUGUUUACGCUUCAAAACAAUUUCAGAUUCAACUUCUAAUGGAUGUGACAGAUUACGAUCUAUUGCUUCAAUAGACAAGCGUUCUAAUACCAUUGGAUAUUACAAGCUCAUAAACAGUGUAUAAUUGUGCAUCAGGGAUACAAUAGCGCUCUUAAACCAACGGACGUAAACAUCACUGCACUUUCAUAACACCACGCACCGUACUUUUGUUUGGAAUUUUAUAGCACUUGAAACUAGUGGUAUAGUUAUAUUUGACGUCAAGGAUCGGCGGUAAUAAUGGGGCGUUCGUGUUAUUAUGUUAAUGCUUAAACAUAAAGGCUUUGGUGAUAGAAGUUAAUCAAAUGUUGUAAUUAAACAUUUACGGAAUAAGAACCACGUGUGUUUUCAGUUUGCUUGGAUUGGUUUUUUUCCGGAGAAAAAGUUUGGUCUAGUUAGAAAUGUAGAGGAGAUAAUGCACCAAGUCAAAUCCAUAAUGAAACCAUUAUUUGUGCCUAUUGAAAUUGACAAAUAUGGAUUGUAAGAAUUGAGUGGAUUCAAACAGCUUUGGUGGUAAACGAGUGUGAAUGCAUGGUGUCGAAGAUCCAUAAAAAACUUUAAUAAUGACAAAGUGUAUGCAUAUUAAAAUAAAAAAUACGGAUUAAAAAAAGCGUGUGGAUCCAAAAGGCUGAAGUGGCAAACCAGUGAACGAAGUGGAGAUCCCAAUAUAGAAACCACAAUCAUGACAAGAGUGUGUGCAUAUCAAAAUUAAAACAUACGGAUUAAAAGAAGUGAGUGGACUCAAACAUCAUAAGGGGCAAACCAGUGUGAACAAUGUCGAAAAACGUGACUGUAUCACCUGGCUGGAACACAACGCCGAGCGGAACGGAGUACGUUCCGGCCGCUAACUACCAGGCGUUGUUGAUGACUAUAUACGUAUGGCCGUUUACGUUUGUGGUCAUAUGUACGGUGCUUGGAGUCGUUGGCAACACCGUCGUGCUGUACGUGUACGUAUUGAAAUGGGAACGGACUAAGACACGGAUAUUUAUCAUUGUUCUUGCUGUGAUCAACUUUAUUAACAGUAUUUUCAAUAUGCCGGUAGAAGCAUACAUUUUGUACCACCCCCUAGUAUUUGACUUUCACUGGUUGUGUAAAACUACACGCGGUGUGACGUUCAUCAUUAACAACGUCUGCGCAUGUCUCUUCGUUGCUAUAGCAAUUGACAGAAUGUUGCUAGUGUACCAACCGUUGAGACGCCGGGUUUUGACGGUGCGGUACGUUAAAUGGUCUUGCACUAUAUCAUUUGUAAUUGGAACGGCAACGUCUUGGCCGGGAAGCGUUUUCUACGGAACCGCUACGUUACCGGAAGUCAUCAAUGGUGUCACCAUAGUUGGAAAGACCUGUUUCCUUUCAGACGAUUUUCUUGCUAACCAGAAAUGGCCAAAGAUAUUUAACGUGGUUCUGUUCGUUCUAAUGGUGUUUGUUUUCGCUAUUUUAAUCGUUCUGUACGUGAUUGUCGGGAAACGAAUAUACACCGUAACAAAAUCGGAUACACUUGGAAAGAAACCAAACAAUCGGGUAACUAUAGCAAUGAAAUCUGUUGUUAAACAUAUUAAUUUUCGUGGACUAUUUUCAUCCAUUACGAGGCAACCUAGCGACUUGAAUUCGGAGGAAAACGUAAGUGAAAGCGGAAAUGACGUCACCGACAAAUACUACAGCUCCAGAUGUGGCAGUUUUGGCAGACGGAUCUCGCGCGUGAAGAUGCGCGGGUCAUAUGCGAAUACCACAGCAUUAUUGUUGAUAACUGCAACUUACAUUAUUUCAUUUCUACCAUAUUUAGUCGUCGUCUCUUUACGGUAUGUAAACCCAGAUUUCUACAAAGAACUAAGCGUCGACAAACGGAUUGUGUACCACGUGUUCUUAAGGACGUAUUUUCUCAACUCGGUGAUUUCCCCAUUUAUAUAUGGGUUUGUUAACAAGAAAUUUAGAACUUUUUUUAAGAAUUGUGUGUGCGGUGUCCUUCCUUGUAGAAGAUGACAAAUCAAGAUACAGUUUCAGUUGCUAAACUUAGAUCCAUGUCAAAAACAGUGAUUCGCCCUUCCGCGUUUUAACUGAAUGACCGUCUUUGGGUGGAUGAGUUUAGUGUAAAUGUAUAUGAUGAAAUCAGAAAUUGUAGAAAUAGAGAAAUUACGUGUUGUGUUUUCUCUACAUUUUUAAAAAGGCCUUCAACAAUGACAAGUUGGUGGCGAAGGCAUAACAUUUUAACGUGUCAUUUUUUUCGUGUCAUUUUUUAUGUAUUUCAUUUUGUAAGAGUAAGACAUCCAUGUUUUGCUAGAUGUUGAUAUGAUUUUAUUUUAAGUUCUGCAAAUUGUGCGAUUGUUUUUAGAAAUUUGUUGAAAUGCCAUAGAAAAUGAAUCAAAUAUAACACAGCAUGUUGUCUUCAUUAUUUUGCAAUCAUACCGUUGCGUAAUGUCAUAGUUUUUUUACAAACUAGUAAAGCAACACAACAAUUUGCUCAGCCUAUCAAACAAAUAAAUACAUAUUAUCUAUUGAACUCACUUCAUGGUUUCAAAAAGGAAAAUAUUUGUCUUUAAAUGGAAGCAGCCACCACAAAGCCACAAGGCAUUCAAACAUUUUGACACAUAAAAUCAUUCCUAAUCAUGCUAACUAUAUGUAUUGAACAUUAUGAAUACAUAAAAUGUUGACGUUUUGAA